UGUUUUCCGGUACCAAUCGUGUCGUAAAACGCAACAUAGCAAUGUGGUCUUUAAGUCUGCAUUAUUCUUUCAUUUUUAUAUUUGUACUUAGUCGUCCAUCGUAUGAACAAAUAAACUAUUAGGUAUUCGUGUCAGGAUCAACUCAACUCGUCUCUUCUCAGGCUUAGCUUGCUAGCUAGUUGAGCUUGCUGGUUAGCUUAGCUUGUUAGCUGCUAACAAAGAGACGCGGAAAUGAUCAAAACACAUCGUUAAGCAGAGAUCAAGUACGUCUGUGAGGAACAUCUUCUCCCUGAGCAAUAGAAGUGGAGCUUCAGGAUGGUGAAAGAGGAGCUACAGCCUUCCCACAUUAAGGAGGAAGACGAGGUGCCACAGACCUUGCAAAUUAAAAAGGAAGAGGAGGACCUACUGGCCCUCCCUUUUAAGGUGGAAGAGGAGUUCACAUUGAACCUCCAUUUUAAAGAGGAAGAGGAGUACCCACUGACACACCAUUUUAAAGAGGAAGGAGGGGAACACAGCAUCAGUCAGGAAGGAGAGCAUCUUGAAGGACUGGAGGAGGUUGAUGUCACCAAGAUGCCAUUGAGUGGUGUGACUGUGAAGAGUGAAGAUGAUGAGGUCAAAGGUGAAAGUGAGGAGAAGAGAGAGGCGGAGCCACCGAGCAGCAGCUCAACUCAACACAUGACAACAGAAGCUGAUGGAGACCACUGUGGAGGAUCACAAGCAGACAAGAUCUUAGCUCCACUAUCAGAUAGUGACGACACAACGUCUCACUCUCAUGACACUGAUGAUGAAGACUCUAAAAAUAAUAAGACAUGUCACACUGACAACACACACUUUACAUGUUCUCACUGUGACAAAACUUUUAGCUACCAUUGUCGUCUGAAAGUACACAUGAGAACCCAUACUGGAGAAAAACCUUUUUCCUGCUCAGAAUGUGGUAAAUAUUUUGUCCAAAAAAAGUAUUUAAAGGUACACAUGAGAUUGCACACCGGUGAAAAACCUUUUUCGUGUUCAAUCUGCGGAGAAUGUUUCACACGAAGACAGUGUUUGAAAAAACACAUACGAUUACACACUGGGGAAAUACAUUUUUCAUGUUCAAUGUGUGGUAAAAGUUUAAAACAAAGUAGUGAUUUGAAAAAACACAUGAGAAUACACACUGGAGAAAAACCCUUUUCCUGUUCAAUCUGUGGUAAAGAUUUUGCUCAAAAGCAAAAUUUAAAGACACACUUGAGAAUACACACUGGAGAAAAACCUUUUUCCUGCCCAGAAUGUGGUAACUGUUUUGCACGAAAAACUUGUUUGAAAAAACACAUGGAAAAACACAUUGGAGAAAAAAAUGUUUCUUGUUUAAUCUGUGGUAAAGAUUAUGUACAAAGACAAACUUUAAAAACACAAAGGAGAAUACACACUGGAGAAAAAACACUUUGCUGCCCAGGGUGUGGUAAAGGUUUUGCACAAAAAAACGUGUUGAAAGAACACAUGACAACACACACAGGAGAGAAAGUGUUGAGUUGCCGUGUGUGUGGUGAAAGAUUAUCUUCUAAGUACCAGUGUAAGAAACACAAGUGUGCUGGUGAGAACAGCAGCAGCAAAUGAGCUGCAGGGUUUGAAAUAAACUGUCAAAACUUUAACUUUGACUUUCUAACAACAUCAGCACAUAUAACAUGUGUGACAUCAUUGUUGUGUGUGUAACACAAUCCUGUCAAUAUGAUUCUAACAUGUAUGGAUUAGAUAUUUUGGAUUAAUGCUUUUUUCAAUCAAGUACAUGUUUUAAUAUACAACAUUGUGUACUUUUAUUUAAAAAUGAACAUAACACUGACUGAAAAGGUGACAAUAAACAAUAAACAGGACAAAACAUGUUACAAAUACAUUCUAUGUGUAUAUACUGUAGAUUAUUGUAAAUCAUUUUUAUUUGUGUUUUUAAUUGUUAAUGUUAUAGAUGAACUCCAUUAUGUGAUAUACAUAUUUGUUUUACAUUUCACUUUUGAGUACACAUAAAUCUCUCUUAGUUCAUAUUUACUGGUUCACAUCUGAAACAUCUUCUGGACCACUUCUGGAAGCAUAUUAUUAUUGACUUUAUACAUCAUUUGAGCAGUUGUGUUUUAUACAAGAUCAUUUACUUUUAGAAUGUGUGACUUUAUCAAUCAUUUGUUGGGUCUCGAUAAUCCAUACUCUCUUUUGUAAUAUGAAUAUUGUUUUAUAUGUAAAUCCCCUUUAUGAAAUAUGUAGAUUAGAAAAGAUGGCAACAUUAUAUGUGGAAGGUUA